AUGUGGCCGAAGGGUUGCAUCAUUGCACGUGAAGCCGUCGUUCGCUACUUUUCGUAUCGUCGGGAUUUGUUUCCGAUUUCGCUCUCCUCGUUGGAGUUGCUCGUGAGUUGACACAUUGGAGUGAUACUUCGAAAUGCUUGUCGCUGCUAGGCUCUUCGGCCGUGGUGCCACAACCUGCGACAUUAUCAGGAAACAGCAAUUUAGCACCAUCCUUAAAAACGCUGCUGCCCCAACAGUUGCUUUUCCACAGCGAAAUGACUUCCAACAAUAUCGUUUUAAAUCUGAAAAAGUCAAAGGUGCAGUCAUUGGUAUCGAUCUUGGCACCACAUUCUCAUGUGUUGCUGUUAUGGAAGGAAAACAAGCCAAGGUCAUAGAAAAUGCAGAAGGUUCUAGAACUACACCCUCAUAUGUUGCUUUUACUAAAGAUGGUGAACGAUUAGUAGGUAUGCCAGCGAAACGACAGGCAGUCACAAACUCUGCUAACACCUUUUAUGCCACAAAACGUCUUAUUGGUAGAAAGUUUGAAGAUUCUGAAGUAAAGAAGGACAUGAAAAUGGUAUCAUAUAAAAUUGUUCGUUCUUCGAAUGGUGAUGCCUGGGUUCAAGGAAGUGAUGGAAAAAUGUACUCUCCUAGUCAAAUUGGAGCCUUUGUUUUAAUGAAAAUGAAAGAAACUGCUGAAAAUUAUUUAAGUACUCCAGUUAAGAAUGCAGUUGUUACUGUUCCCGCUUAUUUCAAUGACUCGCAAAGACAAGCCACAAAAGAUGCUGGUCAGAUUGCUGGUUUGAACGUUCUCCGAGUAAUUAAUGAACCUACAGCAGCUGCCCUUGCUUAUGGCAUGGACAAAACUGAUGAUAAAAUCAUUGCUGUGUAUGAUUUAGGAGGCGGUACUUUUGAUAUUUCGAUUUUAGAAAUCCAAAAAGGAGUCUUUGAAGUCAAGUCAACUAAUGGAGAUACAUUCUUGGGAGGUGAAGACUUCGACAAUGCUUUGGUCAAUUUCUUGGUUUCCGAGUUCAAGAAAGAGCAAGGAAUAGAUAUAACCAAAGAUGCAAUGGCGAUGCAGCGUUUGAAGGAAGCGUCGGAAAAAGCCAAAAUCGAACUUUCGAGUUCUCAGCAGACCGACAUCAAUUUGCCUUACCUAACCAUGGAUGCCAGUGGACCCAAACACUUGAAUCUUAAACUUUCACGAAGCAAGUUCGAGUCCCUUGUCGCUGAUUUGAUCAAGCGUACAAUCGCACCGUGUCAAAAAGCACUCAGUGAUGCCGAGGUAUCGAAGUCAGAUAUUGGCGAUGUUCUUCUUGUCGGUGGUAUGACCAGAGUACCCAAGGUACAACAAACUGUACAAGAAAUCUUUGGUCGUCAACCAUCAAGGGCUGUUAAUCCCGAUGAAGCUGUCGCUGUUGGUGCUGCUGUCCAAGGUGGUGUGUUGGCUGGAGAUGUUACUGAUGUGCUUCUGCUGGAUGUUACUCCACUUUCACUUGGUAUUGAGACCUUAGGUGGAGUUUUCACAAGACUGAUCACUCGUAACACAACCAUUCCAACGAAGAAAAGUCAAGUAUUCUCAACAGCAGCUGAUGGUCAAACUCAAGUAGAAAUUAAAGUACAUCAAGGAGAACGUGAAAUGGCUACUGACAAUAAACUAUUAGGACAAUUCACUCUUGUUGGUAUUCCUCCUGCACCAAGAGGAGUUCCGCAAAUUGAAGUUACUUUUGACAUUGACGCCAACGGUAUUGUCCAUGUAUCGGCCAGGGACAAGGGUACUGGAAAAGAACAACAAAUUGUCAUUCAAUCGAGUGGUGGUUUGAGCAAGGAUGAAAUCGAAAACAUGGUCAAGAAUGCUGAACAGUACGCUAAGGAAGAUAAAGUUAAGAAGGAAAGAGUUGAAGCUGUUAACCAAGCAGAAGGUAUUGUUCACGACACCGAAGCAAAGAUGGAAGAAUUCAAAGCUCAACUACCACAGGAUGAGUGUGACAAGCUGAGGGAACAAGUUGCUAAGAUGAGGGAAACUUUAACAAAGAAAGAUGAAAUGGAUCCUGAAGAAAUCAAGAAACAAACGAACGAACUUCAACAAGCGAGUCUCAAGCUCUUCGAGAUGGCCUACAAGAAGAUGGCCGCUGAACGUGAAGGAAACCAACAGCAAACUCAAGAACAGCAAACUGAAAGUGAAGAGAAGAAGAAAGAAGAAAAGAAUUAAAUUUUUGGACACCAAACUAGAAUGGAGAACUGGCACAAAAUUUAUUUGUCCGCCAUCGUACUAUUUAGAUAUAAAUUCAACCUUUAUUUUCGUUGAUAUUUUUAACACUUUGAACAACGCGGUAAGUUUAUUAGAAUAAUACGAAAAAGCAUUUAUAAUCACGUAUUAAAAUAUCACCGCAAGUGUCAUUGAUUGUGAUGAUGUAACAAUAAUUGCACGUAGUUGCGAAAUUUUCGGUGGCCGGUAAUACAGUCAUGAUUGUAAAACUUUACGAUUCAUUACAUACAUCUUAAUUUGAUAAACAGAGGUUCUGCGUAUUUAGCUAGAAUGCUUUAUUUUGGUUAUAUAAAAUACUGCAUAUUUUUCAUAUUUUUAAUUGAGUUUGAAAAAAAAAAAUAGGUAUCGCAGCUAACCAUGCGGCUGAAAUACAUUUCGAAUGCAAGGCGGAUAUAAUUCUCUUAAAUUAAGAGAGUUUACAAACAAAACCAAUCCAACAAGGCAUCUGACUUCAUGUAUAUGAAAUAACUCUAAUCAUAGUUAGAUCAUCACUUUCAUCAAUCGCUACUUUAGUAUACUACAAGAUAUCGUAGGAAAAAUUGACGUGUAAAUUGUGUACAUAUGUGAUCGCGUGCAUAGUGAAAAGUAAAGCAGGUUUUUUUAAAAACUUGUAUUAAAAUAAGAAUAAUACUUUUUACGAAUCACUGUACCGUUUAACUGACGGAUUACGAUGUUCUAUUGAAUUGGAACAAAAUAAUUUACCAGUGGUUCAAGUUAUUACCGCUGUAACUCUGAAGUAAAAUUGUUAUUUCACAUUUCAUUUUAACUAAUAGCGGUUGUAUGUUUGCAAACCGUAUGGAUGCGAAUAAAAGCGAAAAUUGUAGUACGAAUUGAUAGUUAAUUUACAACAGUUAAAAUUAUUAGAUUAAAAAAGUUACGCAAAUUGUAUCUAGAAUAUAUCUAAUGUAUCUGUAUACUUCAAUUUUUUAUUUGAAAAACUAUAAUUACUUUAUAUAUGUUUCUGUAGUGUUUGUUCAAUAAAAUGUGCAAAAUAA